GGCCCCUUGCUUCGCGUGGCGUGGGCCAGCCAAGCCUGGAGGCCGGCUGGGGCCGAGGCAGGGCUGGGAGCCUGGGCCGCCGGUUUUGGGCCUGGCCCGUCCUCUGCAAUAUUGAUGGCCCGUCACGGUGGCCCUGAUUCCUGCGCUUUCAGUUAAAAGGUUUCUGUUGUUGUAGCUUAUGCAGUUGCUCUGUUGCUAUGGAAACAUGACAUCAAAAUGACGUUUCCCGUUUAAAAGCUUUUAACUAAAUUCCUGCCUGUCAGAUGUAGGCCCCAUUUUGAGCGCGGAGCUGCCUUUCAGGAGCGGGGCUCCUGCCCGCCCGCCGUAGUGUGCAGGCCGCAGCCGGCCUUUCUGAACGCCGUCCUUUAACCCCGCAGGUGCCCCCAGCAUGGCAGCGGCCGAAGUGCCCGGGUACCUUGUGUCUCCUCAGACGGAGAAGCACCGGCGGGCGCGCAACUGGACGGACGCCGAGAUGCGCGGCCUCAUGCUCGUCUGGGAGGAGUUCUUCGACGAACUGAAGCAGACCAAGCGCAAUGCCAAGGUGUAUGAGAAGAUGGCCAGCAAGCUGCUGGAGAUGACCGGCGAGCGCCGGCUGGGCGAGGAGAUCAAGAUCAAAAUCACCAACAUGACCUUCCAGUACAGGAAAUUAAAAUGCAUGACAGAUAGCGAGUCCGUCCCGCCCGACUGGCCCUAUUACCUAGCCAUUGAUAGGAUUCUGGCCAAGGUCCCCGAGUCCUGUGAUGGCAGACUGCCGGACGGCCAGCAGCCGGGGCCUUCCACAUCCCAGACCGAGGCGUCCUUGUCGCCGUCUGCUAAGUCCGCCCCUCUGUACUUACCGUAUAACCAGUGCUCCUACGAAGGCCGCUUCCAGGACGAUCGCUCCGACAGCUCUUCCAGCUUACUGUCCCUUAAGUUCAGGUCGGACGAGCGGCCCAUGAAGAAGCGUAAGGUGCAGAGCGGCCACUUCCAGAAGAAGAAGCUGCGGCUGCUGGAGGCCAUGCUGGACGAGCAGCGGCGGCUGAGCCGCGCCAUGGAGGAGACGUGCCGUGAGGUGCGCCGUGUGCUGGACCAGCAGAACAUCUUGCAGGUGCAGGGCCUGCAGCUACAGGAGCGCAUGAUGAGCCUGUUGGAGAAGAUCAUCGCCAAGUCCUCCGCCUAGCCGCUGCUCCGCCCGGGCCAGGACCCCGCGGGAGCUGGGAGACCCCGAGGCCCAUGUCCAGCAUUAAAUCCCCCUCGGACGCAGCCAGGGACUCCAGGCUCACUCCGGGCAAAUCCCCAGUAAGGACGUGCUAGAGUCCGCUCUCCACCGUAGUCACCAUCCAUGGUACUUGAAAUGGCUUCUGAUAUUAAAUGCGUGAUUUCUCCUUCCCACCUGGAAGCAGAGCUCACGUUCCCAUGCCUGGAGGGGAUGCCCAGGUGGGUUGGCCUGUUCUGGAAACAAAAGCAAAUGCAAACAGGUCACGCUGGCUGGCCCCUCAGCGAAGUCUGUCCCGGAGGGGCCAGCCUUCUCCCUCACCAGGGCCAGCGAAUGCCCUAAAGUAACCUCUGACACUCAGCAAACCCGGCCCGCGGCCUUCCAGCACCUUUUUAUUCCUGUCCCUGGAACGCCAGGCGUUGUGACCGUCUCCCCAGUGCUACCUAACACUAAUGAAGAUAACACCGCCUGCUCAUGGGCACCGCCCUGUUCUACCUCCUGGGCCUGGGGCUUCUGGCGGUCAGACAAGGCCUGUCCUCACGGAGCUCACGCCUCACAGGGGAGACAAACACGUGACUAGAGAAGUAAACUCAGUGGGUUGAGAUAUUGCUGGAAAGGAAGGGCUGGCUGGAGGCCGAGGAGGGGCUGGCCACACAGAGCUGGGGGCCAGGCCGGAGAGGUGCCCCCCAUGCCCAGGUGACGGCUGUGGCCAGGACGCUUCCGGCUGCUGGGAUCUGGACAGGAGCUGGGGUGGGGCGGCCUGGGCUGCAGGACAAGGAUAACCUCACCUCCCUGCCCCUGCGCCUUGGCCGGCAGAAAACCUUUCUAGAGGCUCCUCUGAGAAAUUCCUCCUGAAGCUCGUAGGCUCCGUGGGCCUUGCCACUGGCUGCAACGGAGGCUGGGCCCAGCAGUGUACGAUUCUCCCCUGGAACUAGCACACUGCUGCCCACACAGCCGUUCUGGUGCGUGGGUUAGUGGCAGGUGACAUGGACGGACUUAUGGUUCAGGGAAGCCCCCUGUGGCUACGGCUGGGCCAACUGCUGGGGUCUUGCGGGGGCAUGGAGGAGUGGGCCUGCCAGGAGGUUUUGUCACAUGUCAUCCGGGUGGGACAACUGCCAGCUCAUCUGACACUUCCGUGGCCCUGAUGUCAUCCAGGCAGUGGUCGCCCAGUGUUCCGGAGGCCAGAGGCAGAGCCAGGCAAGCAGGACCCCUCCUCAGCUACUCAGGGAUCUUCCCAAGGGCGUCUGCUGUGGACGCAAACCCUUCGCUUUGGGGCUGAAGGCUGGUGUGUCUGGCGAACGGUUACCAGGCCUUGCCGUGGUGGCUGGAGCCCAGAAGUGUGACCUUUCCUUAGUGGAGAUAUUCCCACCAAGGCCAAUUUCAGCUUCCAAUGUGAUGUUACCAAACCCGCAGUUGGAGAGAGAGGCUGACGUCAGCUCCAGCACCCCACUGCCAAGAUGGGGAGCUGGGAGAUGGCUCAUGUUGCAGACCUGAGUCUGGGGGGCUUGCCCAGCUGGUGUCUAGCUCCUGUGCCCAUCUGCCUUUCAGACAAGAUGCCCCACAAGAACUCAUUUGUUUAACAAACACGGAGUCCGGGCUGGGUUCAGCCUGGUAGGGUGCUGGACCCACCCGAGCGUGUGUGCGGCCCAUCAGGAUGGUCACACCCAGAAGCUCCCCCAGGAGGUGACAGAUUCAGGUUCUAAGUUAUGUAGCAGGUUUUCACCUUCAACAUCUUUGUUCCUAGAUCAUGGUCGCGGGACAUUAGGACUCCAGUACCACAAGGUAUCGGCUACAAUGUUUGUCGCGUUUUCCCAUUUGUGCUUAGGGGUGGUUUUGGUCUGUUCUCUUUUCCCUGCUCUCUGUCAGAGUGGGGGUCAGAGCCCUGUGCGUCCUUGUCCUUGUCCUCGCAAGCCGCGCUGCCUGUCCGUCCCUUUCCUUGGGCUGGAACAGUCACCUCCGUCAGGCAGAGCUCGCUGUGGGACUGCCAGGGCCACGCCUUUCCUAAAUUUAGUGUCUUUACAAACUCCCCAUUUUUUCUGAAUUAUUGGUCUAUUAAGGAGGAAAAAAAUGGCUAUAUCGGUAAAUGCUAAAAUAUUUGACAGGAUGCAGCAAAACUGCGUGCAAACGCCGAAAGCUAAUACCGGGAACCAGACCAAUGUGCUCGCUCUGGCCGUUAUCUAAUGUCGCUUUGACAGUAUUAGCCAACGCAGUAAGACAGAUGGAGUGAGCGGGAUAAGAGGCGAGUGGAGAAAUGAACAGCACCUUUAUUUUCAAAUAGUAUUUUUGUAUACCCAGAAAACCAAAUGUCCAAAGGACCAAGAGUUCUCGAAACCACCUUAAACCUGUUAAAUAUGAGAAUGGAAAUGUGUUUUAUUAACAGUUAUGAUUUAAAAAUACAGAAUAUCUAGGAGUGAGUGUAACCAGGAAGGUAUAGGAUCCAUAUGAAGACAACUGUUCAGUUUUAUUGAAAAAUCGAAAACACCUGAGCAUGUGGAGAAACUUAACAUAUUCCUGAAAGCCCCAAAAGGAAAUAAAAUGUCAUCAUUUUGUUAAUGUAAUUCUAAGUGGACUGUCAGUAACGCUGGGUUUUCUGUUUGUUUUGAAAUGGACGAGAUUAUUUUAAAAUUCAUAUGACAUAGGAGUGCCGUGAAUGUCAGAGGCCUGUGGAAUAGGAAGACACGCCCAGCCCAGGAAGCGAUGGGAAAAUGCAAAAUAAAACCUCAAUGCGCCAUUUCACACUCUUGGCGUGCCAGCUGCCGACAUUGAAGGGGGAACCCACUUCCAAAUGGAAACAGCCCGCACGUGGGCUCGUGAGUGGGCACAGCCCCUCGAGGAGCGAGGUGGUACUGUCUCCUCUAAAGCUGGAGCCACCGCGCCCUUUGGCUCAGCCUGCAUUCCUGCAUGUGCUGCCCUCAGCAACCGCUUCAAACUGUGGCCUCAGGACCCGCUUCCACUCUUCACAGUUACUGAAGGUGCCAAAGAGCGUUUGUUCAUGGGGGUGCUAGUUCCCAAUAUCAAUACCUGUUAGGCGACCUGACUAGAAUCAGACCUCAGAUUUAAACAGUGCUCCGUUCAAAAUAUCAAUAAACCCAUAUAU